UCUGUUAUUGCUGAUAUUCGUACAAUCGCUAUUUUACUUACUCGUUAGUUUAGUUGUCUCUAAAAUACUACAAAUUUUUCAGCACGAGUUUUUACCGAAAAAUUACGUUUAUUUUCUCUUAAAAAAAGCAGCCUAUAACAAAGUUGCUUUAAAAGAAAAAUAACCGGAUAGUACUCCACCCUGCCAUCGACACCAUCACUACCCCCUGAAAAAUGACCACCACAUCCGCAGACACAGCUCCGUUACCGGUCAACGAUCUUGAUGUCAUACAGGAUAUGAUAGACAUUUCGGCCGAUCGUUUAGAGGGUUUGCGUACACAAUGUGCCACAAGCGCUACUUUAACUCAGCAAGAAAUCCGUAGUCUUGAGUCGAAAUUAGUUCGAAUGUUCUCAAAAUUGUUGUUAACCAAAUCACGUUUAAAUGAAAGGAUACCAGCAAGCGGUUUAUCUCAUACUACUAGCACGGAGCUAAAAAAAUGGCUACGAGUUGUUGGAAUAAGUCAAGAAUCAUCAAAUAUUUGUCUGACCCGCUUGUCCACAUUAGAGCAACUUCUAGAACAGAGUGAUGAGGAACUUAAGCAUUUAUUAAGCAAUAAUUCGAGUUAUCGAAAAGAUGAAGAUAUAAGAAGGCUUACAACUGCUAUGCAGAACUUACGUAAAUGUAAAGAAAGCCUAAGCAUUUUGGAGAGUGAGAACUCCACCAAUAGCACAAUAGGUGGAAAUAAUGUUUCUACUGAGAAGAAAGAACCUCUGACUGAACAAUUGUUUUGGGACUCAUGGGACCGUCAUCAUAAUCAUCACCAUCACCGUAGCAGUAUGGGAAAUAUCGGCGUAACAGCCUCGCCACGACCACAUCGAAUGCUUACCAAACAAGGAAAACCACACCAUCACCAAUCAGCGGGAAAUAGUCGUCAGUCGCCUUCUCACGAUCACACAUGUAAAUCAUCAUCAACUGCAGCAAUCAAUAAUGCCACUGACGAUUUGUCUAGUAUACAAGGUUCUACACUUACACUGACGCUAACACCAUCCCCACCUAAUUCUCCAUUCACACCCACUAGUAUAAUCAGCAAUUUCAGUACGGUUUGCAGUGGAGGAAGCAGUGUAAAUGGCACACCACAACGUAGCAAACCGGCUGGUACGCCACCGCCAAUGAAAAAACAUCAGACGUUAUUAUCCAACAUGCAACAACAUACACCUACACAUAUUUCCAGUAUUAUUUCGAAUAUACCUGCCAGCAAUCCGGACGGUACAAUGAUACCAUUAGCCAAAUCCAAAUCAAAUGGGUCUCAAUUUCGCGACACGCCAUUGUCAAGUACUGGUUCUCCACAAUCACAAUCAUUAGCGUCAUCGGUAGUUGGCGCAUCAAUGAUGACUAACAACAAAUCGACAUUAUCACGUUCCCGCCUGAACACCGACCCUAGCCCUGAUAGUUUUUCGUCUGCUAGCUCGGACGUUUUUGUAGAAAAUAAUAAUAAUCCAAAUAAUCUUCAAGUACCACGAUCUCCGGGCACAUUGCCAUUAGGCAUGGGGCACACGAUAUCACAUCGUUUUGCCAAGGUCUUCCAGGUGAUGUCAACGUGUGACCUUUGUCAAAAACAAAUGUUCUUCGGUUUGAAGUGCAAAGAAUGCAAGUAUCGUUGUCAUAAGGACUGUGAACAAAAUGUACCACCAUCAUGUGGCCUACCCUCGGAAUUUGUUGAUGAGUUUAAGAAAACAAUUAAUGAUCAUGGAGGAUUUGCUUCGUUGCAACAUAGUCAGACCACAGCGAAUACAUCACCAAUUCAAAGGCAAAAGCGUGAUAGUAGUUCACCUGCCUCGAGUUGUAAUAGCUCGAGUCCGUCUAGUCCAGCGCUAUUCAAUCUCCAACAACAACAGAUAACAGCACAUGCGGGAGCUGUUUUCAUUCCAAGCGGUGGUAAUAUGAUGAGCUCUUCCGGUGGUGGCAGCUCAAGUACGAGCUCUAACAUGCUGUCCACUCCAUCCUCAUUCCACAAGCACGCAAGUCUUUUCAAUUUUCCAGAUGUAACCAUCACAUCUAACUGCAAUCAAGCUGUGGGUGGUACUACGCAAACACUUUAUUCCUCGCAAACCAGUGGGACGGAUUCGACGAGUGGCGAAUUCAAUUGCUCACAGCAGUCUGAUUUCCACGAUUGCAACAAUUCGCUCACAUCUUCAAUCAACAAAUCGAGUCAUGGUAGUGACAGUUUAUCAAACAACACUGUUGUUACAUGCGUGGGAUCUUAUUAUAGCUGUACUAAUGUUCCCAGCGUAACUGCUUCCACAAAUAGCACCGUACAUUCCAUCAGCUCAAGCAUAGUCAGCACAACAGGUUCGUUUUACCCGCGUAAACUCAGCUCAGCCGGUGUCGAUAAGCGCGAUCCAUUUUCCGAACUUGCCGAUACACACAAAUCCAAUGAUAGUGAUAAAACCGUCUCAUUGUCGGGUAGUACUUCAGCCAGUACGGACUCUGAUCGCACACCGAUAAGAUUAGAUUCUACCGAAGAUGGUGAUUCGGGAAAUUGGCCGAGACAAAACUCUUUGUCCCUCAAAGAAUGGGAUAUACCCUAUGACGAUUUGCAUUUGUUGGAAUCAAUCGGAAAGGGACGUUUUGGUACCGUACAUCGGGCAUUGUGGCAUGGUGAUGUGGCGGUUAAAUUACUCAAAGAAGACUACUUGGACGAUGAGCAUAUGUUGGAGGCAUUUAAAUUGGAAGUGGCCAAUUUUAAGAAGACUCGUCAUGAAAAUUUAGUACUAUUUAUGGGUGCAUGCAUGAACCCACCCCAUUUAGCCAUUGUUACGUCAUUGUGUAAAGGCAAUACACUUUACACCUACAUUCACGCACGUCGCGAUAAAUUUACCAUCAACCGUACAACGCUGGUAGCACAACAAAUCUCACAAGGUAUGGGCUAUCUUCACGCUCGUGGCAUUCAUCACAAAGACUUACGCACAAAGAAUAUUUUCUUAGAGAACGGCAAAGUGAUUAUUACCGAUUUCGGUCUAUUUAGUUCCACUAAAUUAUUAUAUUGCGAAAUGGGUCUAGGAGUGCCUAAUGGGUGGCUAUGCUACUUGGCACCUGAACUGAUGCGUGCCCUAAUGCCAGUUAAACCGACCGAAGAAAUUUUACCCUUCUCAAAGGCAUCGGAUGUGUAUUCAUUCGGGACAGUAUGGUAUGAGCUUUUAUGUGGCGAAUUCCCGUUCAAGUCCCAGCCACCGGAAUCGGUUAUUUGGCAGGUGGGACGCGGUAUGAAGCAAACAUUAGCCAACUUGCAGACGUCGCGUGAUGUCAAAGACAUACUUAUGCUUUGCUGGUCAUUUCAAGCGGACGACAGGCCAGAUUUCGCGAAAUUGCUUUCGCUUUUGGAGCGAUUGCCGAAAAAACGUUUGGCGCGCAGCCCCUCACACCCCGUACAAUUGUCACGUUCGGCAGAGUCUGUAUUUUAAUCAAAUCUACAAUAUGUUGUGUACCUCAUCAAAGGCGGGGCCACCCAAAGGAACUGAGACACAUAUGUACUACUAUAUGUAUCAACGCAUAAAUUGAGUAUAGUACUUUGGCAAGUGGCACAAAAACAAAAAAGGUUUAUUGUAAACUAGAUUUAAGUAUUAAAAGCGAACACAUUUACAAGUAUGUUUAAAUGUAAAUGCACAUGCUUAGUGUGUACGUUUAUAAAUAUACCCGAAAUAGGGUAAAUCAAAUAUACUACUGUCAAGUACAAUUUUCAAAGAAAUUACAUUAUUAAUUGAUAAUCAUUGUAAAUAAUUGUUGAUAAAAAAAUACAGGAAAGAUUUAAGAACAUUACAUGAAGUGUUUAAAUUAUAUUGUACGAAAUUUAUAACAUUUAUUUAAUUCCUAUUACGUACUAAGUACAAAUAAAUGUAGCUUUUCAUUUA